AUGUUCAAGUCCAAGUCCUUCGAUUUGGUCAACGAGGAAAGGACGAAGAAACCGGAACGGCUGUAUCAGCCCCGCCGGAUGCGAUGGCUCAAAUAUAUCAUCCUGCCGGCCGUGUUCUCCUUUGCGCUUCUUCUGAUCCUGGUCAAUGUGGAUUUCUCCGACACCAGUGAUGAAGUAACCUCUAAUUCCACGGAUUUGGGCUGUAAACUUGAGUCGCAUUACAACAACAAGAUGAAAUUCCUCGACGUAUGUGGCAAAUCCCUCUUUAUAUCAAGCCAUGGAUUUGAAAAUAACACUCUACAAAGGAGCUUUUUUUCCAGCAGCUGGGAACUGCAAAACUUAACAAUAGUAAAUUGCACCAUAGUUCAUAUCAGUAAUGAAACUUUUGAUCAACAUAACACCCGUUACCUUAUGAACUUGCAACUCAUUAAUUUGCAACUGGAAAAUUUAACAGAAUCAGCCUUACAAGGUCUUCAAAAGCUUCAGAACUUCACCCUAAUCAACGGGAAUAACCAUUUCAAGCCUUUUGGAUUCCUUUCAGCUGUGUCUGAGACGGUAAUUAAUGCUAGAAUACACCAGUCAUUCUACACAGAAAGAAGAUACGCACUUAGUGAUUUCUUGGGAUACAACAAUUUUAGCCACUUGAAAUGUUUAGAUAUGAGCGGAACGAAUUUCGGAGAGAGUAUUAAAUCAGAUUCCUUCGAAAAUCUCCCCGCUUUGGCGCAGCUGAUCUUAAAGAACUGUGGCUUAAGCCAAAUCGAGUGGGACUUUCUACCACCAAGACCUAAAUUAGUGCAAUACUUAGACUUGAGUGAAAGUCGAAAGGAAAGAGACUAUCCUUAUAACUUGGAAAUAUUUGAGUUUACCCCUGACACAACCAUUGACGACGAGGAGAGCUAUACUGUCCAGAUCGAAAGAGCCGCUGGGCCACCCUUUGCAACCGCAACAACAAACUCAACAUCAGCCCCAACCACAGUGGAUUCAACAGUAACAACAUUUCCAUCCACACUACAAUCAAUAACAACAACAUCACCCACACAAGAUAUAACGGCUGAUCCAUCAACUGAACCAUCAACGUUAUCUACGAUGACAACACCGCGAUCCAAUUGCGAGGAGGAACUUUGCCAAGAACUCGUAUGCUCUCGUAUCUCAGCGGACUCAACGAUUGGAUUUACAGAUCUGGAAAGUUCGGCUAGUUGUAAGGAUGGCAUACUGGUGGAGGUCUGCGAAUCGGACUGCACAGCACCCACCUACUUCUGUGGACUAUUUGGCGACAAUUUUACCUCCCCAUCCAACUGCUGUUCUCAUAAUACCAUGAGAUGUGUGGUUUCAGCAAAGGCCUCCUGGUUCGAUGAUCACAGCGGCCUUGUAAUUGGACUGGGAAUAGGACUCCUUUUGAUUGGCAGCCUUCUCGGGAUGCUCAUUGCUUACGGAGCUAUACGACUGCAUCCGAUCUUGUUUAAGAACAGUAAGCGGCGGGAAUCCAACACGAUGGGCCUAAUUCCCCGGAGAUUCGAAAAGGACCUGAACGACUAUGCGGGGGGUCCGAUAUCGACUCUCGACGACAGCGAAUAUGUCAUUGCUUAUCACCGUUACUUGGAACAAGCGAACCACCGUCACACGGAGACCAACAAAUACAUAUAUCCACCCAGGGAUAGGGCGCCUUCGGUUCCACCCUCCUGUGACUACCCGCUACCGCUUCCGCCAAGAAAUAACUACAUAUAUGAGAGCUGUGAGCUGUAUGAGGAACUUCCGUAGU